AUGGCUAGCCAGAAACGCGUUACCAAAGAACUGGCGGACUUGAUGAACUCUCCGCCGCCGGGAAUCACAGUGGCUUUGGCAGAUGAAGCAAACCUCUAUCAAUGGAGGGUGACUAUGGAAGGCCCGGCUGGGUCUCCUUAUGCUGGAGGCAAAUUCGACAUGUCCAUCAACCUUCCCAAGGAAUAUCCAUUCAAACCGCCGUCUGUCGUCUUCACCACGAAGAUCUACCAUCCCAACAUCUCGAACGAUUCGCCGCCCAACACCGGCACCAUGUGUCUCGGCAUGCUGAAGGACUCGGAGUGGAAGCCGAGCACCAAGAUGAGUGCCGUGCUUGAGUUUGCGAGACAGUUGCUCAAAGAACCUAAUCCAGAUGACGCCGUCGAGGCAAAGAUCGCCGAUCAGUACCGCAACGACCGAGCCGCGUACGAAAAAGAGGCUAGAGACUGGGUCAAGCGAUACGCGAGCGGAAAGAAAUGA